AUGGCCCAAUCCACUACUCCACCAGCGCCAUGCUUCUACGAGCACACCGCGCAAUCAAUCAUCCCCCAUUUGGCCCUGCAAAUGCCCUACACAAGCUCCCUCCUCCGACGUAUCCAACACGCCCUCGCGUAUCCCUCCACCACCGCCAAGAUCCUAGCAACCUUCCCGCCAGGAUCGACCCCUGGAUCAUCCCCAUCCUCAUCAUCAGCCCCUGGAUCGGAAUCGGGAAUCCCUGCCCCAUCCACACCGUGGCUGGCUGCACGGGUGGAUCUCUUCCGCGGCCGCGAGACCCAGAUCAUCCUCUACUCCAGCCUCGAAGCGGAAUGCACCUCCCUCCCGCUGAUCGACCCUGUCACUCUCGACCUGUCCAGGUACUCGGGUCCUCCAGCUUCACCUUCAGCUGCAGGUCCCGCCCUCGCUAAUGCGAACACUAACGCUAAAUCGCAUUCUCACGCGAGCAACGCUACCCAUGCAUCUGCAUCGGAAGAAGGACGCCCCAGUCCGAGCUACGCCGUGUCCACCAUCACGGCCGCGCCGGCCAGGCUGGAGACCGUCCGCGCUCAAUUAUUGGCUUUCCUCGCAUACGUCAAGGCUAACUUGCUGCCUGAGUACCUGUCAUCCCUGUCGGACACGUCUGGACCCUCCGCUCCAGAAUCAGCAGCGGCAGCGGCUUCAGCUGGCGUCACUCUAAUACCAGCACCAGACCCACGCGCUUUCCUCGUCGGGUCCUUCCACACAGGUCUUUUCGAGUUACUUCUGCAAUCGGGAAAAUUCCCUCGUUUGGACGGGGAUGUAAAGACCCCCGUCGAUGCUGACCCGCUACCUGGUCUGCGGGUUCAUCGAUUUGAUAAUCCGCCUUAUUACAAGUAUUUCUUCCCGAGGGACGUGUUUAGUCCCAGCGUCGCGGGUCAGACAAACACCGAGACUGAGAACCCAUUGCCGGAUGGGUAUAGGUAUCACGAUCGACGCGGUCGUAUCGGCGUGUUACCAUAUCAGUUAGAUCUCGUGCAAAGUCGAACACAUAUCCCCCGGCCGCGCAGACAAUUGGAGUCAAUCCCUAGCGUGGCGAUCUACCAAGACAACGGCUCAGCCUCAGAUGCGAACCAGGAUGAACUUGAAAAUGAAAUGCCCAUUGCAUGGGCCUUCCUAGGCGUAGACGGUGCUGUGGCGACAUUACAUGUUGAACCUGAGCAUCGGGGACGCGGGCUGGCGCUUUCGUUGUCGAAGGAGGUUAUGCGACGUGGGAUGGAGGCGGAGGGAGUGUUUGGGGCUAAGAAUGUUGGUCUUGUGGAUUGUGAGAUGAGGGGGUUUGUGGAGGAUUGGGUUCAUGCAGAGGUUGCGGGGUAUAAUAAGGCGAGUAGACGGGUUAUGGAGAAGAUUGGGGGGAAGGUUUUGACGACUGUUUUGUGGACUGUUAUUGAGGUGACUGACUGA